AUGGCAGCGACGGCGGAACCUGACCAGGGUGCUCAUCGCCGCCACUUGGUGAGAAGAGGGCAGCAGCUCUGGCAUGAAGUUCUACCCAGCAACCUGGCACCUGUCCCUGCCACCCAGGAGGCCCCCCAUCCUGCCAGGGGCCCUAGGCCUCCCCGAUGUGGUGUGCCUGAUCCACCUGAUGGGUUGAGUGGCCGAAACCGACAAAAGCGUUUUGUGCUGUCUGGUGGGCGCUGGGAGAAGACAGACCUCACCUACAGGAUCCUCCGGUUCCCAUGGCAGCUGGUACAGGAGCAGGUGCGGCAGACAGUGGCAGAGGCGCUGCAGGUAUGGAGCAAGGUGACACCACUCACCUUCACAGAGGUGCAAGAGGGCCACGCUGACAUCAUGAUUGAUUUCACAAGGUACUGGCAUGGGGACAACCUGCCGUUUGAUGGGCCUGGGGGCAUCCUGGCCCAUGCCUUUUUCCCCAAGACCCACCGAGAAGGGGAUGUCCACUUCGACUAUGAUGAGACCUGGACUAUCGGGGACAACCAGGGCACAGACCUCCUGCAUGUGGCAGCCCAUGAAUUUGGUCAUGUGCUUGGGCUGCAGCACACAACGGCAGCUAAGGCCCUUAUGUCCCCUUUCUAUACCUUCCGCUACCCGCUGAGCCUCAGCCCAGAUGACCUCAGGGGCAUCCAACACCUAUAUGGCAGGCCCCGGUCAGACCCCACUCCCAGGCCCUCAGCUUUGGGCCCCCAGGCAGGAGUGGACACCAACGAGAUUGCACUGGUGGAGCCAGAAACCCCGCCAGAUGCCUGUGAGGUCUCCUUUGACGCAGUCGCUACCAUCCGAGGUGAGCUCUUCUUCUUCAAGGCGGGCUUUGUGUGGCGGCUGCGCAGAGGCCAGCUGCAGCCUGGCUACCCUGCACUGGCCUCUCGCCACUGGCAGGGACUGCCUAGUCCUGUGGAUGCAGCCUUCGAGGAUGCCCAGGGUCACAUCUGGUUCUUCCAAGGUGCUCAGUACUGGGUGUAUGAUGGCGAGAAGCCAGUCUUGGGCCCUGCACCCCUCUCUGAGCUAGGCCUGCUGGAGUCUCAGGUCCAUGCUACCUUGGUCUGGGGCCCUGAGAAGAACAAGAUCUACUUCUUCCGAGGCAGAGACUACUGGCGCUUUCACCCCAGCACCCGCCGAGUGGACAGCCCUGCGCCCCGUCGGACCACCGACUGGCGAGGGGUGCCUUCUGAGAUUGAUGCUGCCUUCCAGGAUGCUAAUGGCUAUGCCUACUUCCUGCGUGGCCGCCUCUACUGGAAGUUUGACCCUGUGAAGGUAAAGGCCCUGGAGGGCUUUCCUCGCCUCGUGGGCCCUGACUUCUUCAACUGUACUGAACCUGCCAACACUUUUCGCUAACAGCAGCUUGGAUAUCUUCAGGGCGCUUGACCUUGACAUUGCCAGACCACUGACAUCACUUAUUUACUUGUGACCAGCUUGGUGGCUGUGGGCACCAGCACAGGAUGACCUGUGUUUUCUCAGGGUGUUAGGGAUUGGGUGUUGCCACUGUAACAACUGCAGGGAGGGCUACGUGGGUCACGGUCACCUGCCAGCACCUGUCUCAGACUGGGCAAGAAGGCUUUGGCGUUAAGCGUGAAGGUAGUCUUGGGCCCCAAACCUGUAUAGGUCAUGGUUAAACCCAGCUGCCCUUUGUCUCCAUCCCUUCCCUCAAGAGUAGGAUCUUGGCAGGGCUGGGGGAACUGGAACCCUAGCUCUAUCCGUGUGGGUUUCUGCAGUGGGCUGGUCCUGGAGUUCCGACAUCACAUGGCCUUCUAUCAUUUCCUGAGAAGUCAGCUCUGAGUAGAUGCUUGGAACUGGCUUUCAGUGAACCCCUGUGAUCCUGGAGCUCUGCUUCCCAUUUUGGUCCAGGCCAAAAUGUCAAAAGUAAACUGGUGAGGAGAGGCUUCCUGUUGAAAACCUUGGGCCCUGGAGGGCCCAACAUACCUCAAUCCUGUCAUGGGCCCUCCCUGUCCUCAUCCCAGCACUGGGUCCUUCCUAAGCCAUGUAAAUGUAUGUAA